GUUAUUAUGUUGAGUUAAAUGUGUGUUUGUUGACGAGCAAAAGAUGGAAGGGAAAAAAGGAGUUUUAAUUACAAAGCUAAUUAAUUAACCUUGAUUAACUCUUGGAGUGAGUUGAACCUUCAACAGUUGAUCCAUUGCCAGAUACAUGAAUCAGCAAACAAUCUGGAAAUUCAUGAAACUGUUCAAACAACAACUCAACACUGGCUUUUCAAUUAACAAAAUAAAACCUUUUCAUUUCAAUUCCUUUGUUUGUCUCGGGUUCAACCAAAAACAUUUUCACCGGUUUACAGUCUUUUUGGGUAUUUAAUGUGUUCAAAAGUGUCCAUUCAAUUGUAAUGGAAUCACAGGAUAAAAGCAAAGAUGAGGAUAAAUUCAAUUCCAUCACCAUCGAUGUAAAUGAAACCAAUAAGGUUUUGAAUAAGGAAACUUCAUCUGAUGUAAAAAGCUUCACCCGAAAGUCAAAGUACAAAAAAUCAUCUUACAUUGAGAAUCGACAUUUACGUGAAAAAAGAAGGCCUACAAAAUUUGCAAUUGUUCAGAUUGACGAGAAUGAAAAUUGCUUGGAACCAACAAUUGAUUUGGAUCCGACAACAAUCAGCCAAGAAAUCGCCAAAUUUACCAAAAUUUUCACGGCUACAACUACACAGGCCAACUAAUUGGAUGACAAUUGUAAUUGCAAUAAAAUAAAGUAUUGUAACCUUGUUGGACAGCGUUUUAACCAUAAAUGGAAACAAAGUGUUUACAUGAGAUUUGUUUUUGCUAAUAAAGAUGAAAUUCACAAUUGUUACUAAAAA